ACUCCAAUCCACCAUUCAAUCCAUCCUCACAACUCUCUCUCUCUCUCUCUCUCUCUCUCUCUCUCUAGCCCAAAUGGGAGAAGAAAACAAUGUUUUGUUGGAGAGGAAGCAAGAGGAAGUAAUGGUUACUUCUUCGGAAAAGAAGCCAAAGAUAGCAAGUGAUGACCCAACGAGGGAUGAUCCAACUAUGGCUCUUGCCACCGCACGGCAUGAGUUUGGUGAGCAUGGUGGCAUCAACAUGUCAAUUGAAGCCUCAGCCACCUUCACAGUAAUGGAGCCGGUGACCAUGCGCAAAAUGUUCACCGGUGAGCUUGGCCCUGAGCAAGGCUUUUUCAUCUAUAGCCGUCACUUCAACCCUACAGUCUUAAAUCUCAGCCGUCAAAUUGCAGCCAUAGAAGGAACUGAGGCUGCAUACAGCACAGCAAGUGGCAUGGCUGCCAUUUCGACGGUCCUGAUGCAAUUAUGUAGUAGUGGAGGACACGUGGUUGCAUCAUGUUGUUUAUAUGGUGGGACACAUGCGUUGUUGAACCAUUUUCUUCCUAGGGUUUGUAAUGUAACAACAACAUUUGUGGACGUGAGAGAUCAUGAGAUGGUGAAGGAAGCCAUUGUGGAGGGAAGAACUAAUGUGCUUUUUGUGGAAUCGAUGUCCAACCCUACCCUAAUGGUUGCCAACUUGCCUGAACUGUGUAGGAUAGCGCAUGACAAGGGUGUGAAGGUUGUGGUGGAUAACACCUUCACUCCCAUGGUACUAUCCCCUGCUAGGUUGGGUGCCGAUAUAGUAGUGCACAGUCUCACAAAGUACAUUAGUGGUGGAGCUGAUAUUAUUGCUGGUGCAAUUUGUGGGCCGGCUAGCCUAGUGAAUUCCAUGAUGGACCUUCAUCAAGGGGCACUGAUGCUUCUUGGUCCAACCAUGAAUGCUAAGGUCGCAUUCGAGCUCUCGGAAAGAAUUCCCCACCUAGGCCUAAGAAUGAAGGAACAUUGCAGGAGAGCAAUGGCCUAUGCUACAAGGAUGAAGAAACUGGGUCUCAAGGUUAUUUACCCAGGCCUUGAAGAACACCCAGGCCACACUCUUUUCAAGUCCAUGGCAAAUGAGAAUUAUGGGUUUGGUGGAAUCUUAUGUUUGGACAUGGAGACAGAGGAAAAGGCAAACCAGUUGAUGAGCCAGCUGCAAAACAACACCCAGUUUGGUAUAAUGGCUGUUAGCUUGGGUUACCAUGAGACCCUUAUGUCAUGCUCUGGAAGUAGUACUAGUAGCGAAAUGAAUACCAAUGAGAAAAAGAUGGCUGGCAUCUCACCGGGACUAAUAAGGAUGUCGAUCGGAUAUAGUGGGACUCUUGAGCAGAAAUGGAGCCAAUUUGAGAAGGCACUUGCAGGAAUGAAAGACUGUGGCUUAUCCAGGAACUGGGUAUAAAGCUUUCCCUAGGUUCAUGUAUUGAUGUAAUCCAUCUGAUGUGUAUAAUGGGCCUGAUAAGGUUCAUCAUCUUCAGUGGACUUUCUAGUUUCUAUUAAGUAGAUAUUUCUUUUCCCUAAUGAAUUGUUGCAUAAGAGGGUUGAAGCUUCACCGUGAUGGUUCAACCCAGAUCUCAAUUUGUAGUAGUAUGUCAAAGAUUUGGAUCAUUAGAUCCAAAUAUUUCUAGAUAUUGAAGCACAUUUGA